AUCUGGCAACCCGGUGAGCCGGACGCUGGUGGGGAUGAGCAGCAGCGGCUAACGGCUGACCUGGAGUUUGUGUCCGGUCGGUCUCGGUUCUGAUGUGGCCCUCGGCCCCGCUCAUCUGGUCCUGAAGCUGCACCUGGAGGACGGUCAGAGCUGAGCCGAGUGGGCCGGCCUCUGCUCUGCAACAUGUCCAAGAGUAAGAGCUCCGAGACGGUGAAGGUGGUGGUCCGCUGCCGCCCAAUGAAUGAAAAAGAGCGGGCGGCUAAGUUUGAGAGGAUGGUCUCUGUGGAUGUCAAACUGGGCCAGAUUCUGGUGAGAAACCCCCGAGAGGCAUCGGCCAGCGAGCUCCCCAAAGUGUUCACCUUUGAUUCUGUGUAUGACUGGAACUCCAAGCAGAUCGAGCUGUACGACGAGACCUUCAGGCCGCUGGUGGAAUCGGUCCUGUUCGGGUUCAAUGGGACCAUCUUUGCAUACGGGCAGACAGGUACAGGGAAGACUUACACCAUGGAGGGGGUGAGGAACGACCCCGAGAGGAGGGGGGUCAUCCCUAACUCCUUUGAACACAUCUUCACUCACAUCUCACGCUCUCAAAAUCAGCAGUACCUGGUCAGAGCGUCGUACCUGGAGAUCUAUCAGGAGGAGAUCAAAGACCUCCUCUCUAAGGACCAAUCACGUCGUCUGGAGCUCAGGGAACGGCCUGACACCGGCGUCUACGUCAAAGACCUCUCAUCGUUUGUCACAAAGAGCGUGAGGGAGAUCGAACACGUCAUGAACGUGGGCAACCAGAACCGAUCAGUGGGCGCCACCAACAUGAACGAGCACAGCUCCCGCUCACACGCCAUCUUCGUCAUAACAGUGGAGUGCAGCGAGCUGGGCGUGGACGGCGAGAACCACAUCAGGGUGGGCAAACUGAACCUGGUGGAUUUAGCGGGGAGUGAGCGGCAGACUAAGACGGGAGCGGCGGGAGAGAGGCUGAAAGAGGCCACAAAGAUCAACCUGUCUCUGUCCGCUUUAGGAAACGUCAUCUCAGCGCUGGUGGACGGACGCAGCAGCCACAUCCCCUACAGAGACUCCAAACUCACACGUCUGCUGCAGGACUCUCUGGGGGGAAACGCCCGCACCGUCAUGGUGGCCAACAUCGGCCCCGCCUCUUACAAUGUGGAGGAAACCUUAACGACGCUGCGGUACUCCAACAGAGCCAAGAACAUCAAGAAUAAACCUCGAAUCAACGAGGACCCGAAAGACGCUCUGCUCAGGGAGUUCCAGGAGGAGAUUGCCCGGCUGAAGGAUCAGCUGCAGAAACGAUCUGGGAAGAAGAAGAGGAGGAGGAGGAGGAGGGGGGGUGCCGGGGAGGGCAGCGAUGGAGAGGAUCUGGAAGACGGAGAGACAGAGGACGAUGAAGAAGACGGGGAGGAUAAAGGAGACUACUGGAGGGAGCAGCAGGAGAAGCUAGAGAGAGAGAGGAGGGCCAUCAUGGAGGACCACAGUCUGGUGGCCGAGGAGAAGGUUCGACUUCUGAAAGAGAAAGAGAAGAAGAUGGAAGAUGUGCAGAAAGAGAAGGAGGCCGGAGAGAUGCUCACUGCCAAAGUGAAGGCGAUGGAGAGUAAGCUGCUGGUCGGAGGGAAGAACAUCGUGGAUCACACAAAUGAGCAGCAGAGGAUGCUGGAGCAGAAGAGGCAUGAGAUCGCUGAACAGAAACGUCGAGAGCGUGAGAUGCAGCAGCAGGUGGAGAGUCGUGAUGAGGAGACUCUGGAGCUGAAGGAGACGUACAGCUCUCUGCAGCAGGAGGUCGACAUCAAAACCAAGAAGCUGAAAAAGCUGUUUGCGAAGCUUCAGGCAGUGAAGGCAGAGAUCCAGGACAUCCAGGAGCUUCACAUCCAUGACCGUCAGGAGCUGGAACAGACGCAGAACGAGCUGACCAGAGACCUAAAACUCAAACAUCUGAUCAUCGAGAACUUCAUCCCUCUGGAGGAGAAGAAUAAAAUCGUGAACAGAGCGUUCCUUGAUGAUGACGAUGAGUACUGGAAGACGAAGCCCAUCACUCGUAUGGAGGAUGACCAGCAGAUGAUGGGCCGGCCUCUGUCUGCGAUGGGAUUGAGGAGGCCUCUCAGUCAACACGCUCGUGUGGCCAUGAUGAUGAGACCUGACAUGAGAUACAAAGCUGAGAACAUCAUCAUGCUGGACAUGGACCUGCCGGCUCGGACCACUAAGGAGUACCAAGAGCCUGUGAUCGCUCCGAAGGUGGCGGCAGCUUUGGAGGACGCUCUCAGGGACGAGGACGAGAUCCAGGUGGACGCCUCCGGCUUUCACAGCAGCCUGGGACCAACGCCUCCCGCCAGCGCCAGCGGGAGCCUCAAAAAACCAAAGUCUGGUCGACCGCGGACAGGAAAGAAGUCGGGCACCCCCACCUCUCCCUUCAGCCCCUCCAGUCCAGGAUCCCCGAUGUACCCACAAUCCCGCGGCCUGGUGCCCAAGUGACCUCUGACCUCUCCUGUGCACCUGCCACUUUGGGACUCACCUGCGAGAGAACAGCUGGUGCUGUGUCUGAGCUGGACAGAGACUAAUUCAGACUGCUGCUGCCCUGUGUGUAUGUGUGAGUGAGUGAGUGUGUGCACACACUGUUCUCUCUGCAUGAAGCGUCACACAGACUCUGAUGUCUUAUAUAUCCAUACGUUUGUCACAAUGUUCUUAAUGUACAGAGAAAAACAAAAGGUGGGCUGUGACACCCCCCCAUGAUGAACUGCAGGACCACAAUGCACUACUUCUUCCUGUCUUCACAGGUCCAUGUGUGUACUGGGUGUUGUAGUCCUUUAUCUUACUGUAAGUGUGUGUGUGUGUGUGUGUGUGUGUGUGUGUGUGUGUGUGUGUGUGUGUGUGUGUGUGUGUGUGUGUGUGUGUGUGUGUGUGUGUGUGUGUGUGUGUGUGUGGUGUGUGUGUGUGUGUGUGUGUGUGUGUGUGUGUGUGUGUGUGUGUGUGUGUGUGUGUGUGUGUGUGUGUUGCAUCAGAGCUCUGGUGAAUCUUUUGGGUUUUUUUUUUUUUUACAAGAAUAUUUCAACAUUUAAAGAAGCUGAUUAGUUUUGUUGCAGCGUUUGAGGAGGAAGUCUGCUCUCACUUCUUCUCUGCUUUGUUACUAUGACGCUAACGUUGAUUAGCCAAUCAGAGCAGUCUCUGCAGGUUGUCUGACAACCUCGGGAUAACAAGACGUCACUGUAACCGUCAAAUACUUCAAGCAUGAAACUUUCCUCCUAUAUGUAAAAGAGUCUGAUGGAAAAAAACAGGCUAACUGCUAGCCAGUCUUAAUGCUAAGCUAAGCUAAUCACCUGCUUGCUCUGGCUUUAUGUUGAGGGGCGUGUCCCAAGAUGUAAAGGUGUUCCUUUGACUUAGCAUGAUAGGCGACCUCAGACGGCGAGUUCAGCUCUCUGCAGACUCCAGCACGUGUAAAUUCUUCCUGGAGCAGACGAGGUGGAGAGCUCAACACGCCCAGAUAUCAGUGCUAACAGCACCCUGGCUCACUUCAAGGUUCCCGUCCUGAGCGUGCCUCAGAUUCAUCAGGGUUCCACGGUGCCUUAACCUUCGCUCUGCUGCUUUGUUACAGUGUGCACACGUUCAACUUAUCUCAUCAUCUGAGCCAUUGUUAGCUGCUAACAGUCAUGUUAGCAUGCUAACCGUCAUGUCAGGAGCUGUGCUCUACACAGCUGCAGAAUCUGACACCAGGUUAUCGUUCAGUCAGCAGGAGACGUUUAAAUCUGAGCUCGUGUCCCGAGUAACUUAUUACAUUCUUUGAUUUUUACAAACAGAUGUAGAUAAACAUUUUUAUUCUUUCCUUUCAUAGAUUAUCUUUUUAUUUUUGGAGCUUUGUAAUUUAACGCUGAGAUUUUAUUGUUUGUGUGUCUUGUGUAUGAGAAUAUGGUGUUAGAGGACGCUCAGCUGACGUCACAGUCGAGUAUUUACACAUUCACUGUUUCAUUAAAGCUGGAAACAGCUCAGCACCAUGUGUGUUCAUCGCUCAUAUGAAUGUCUUCUUCAGUGUGGCAGUGACAUCACGGGGUCAGAGACUCGUUUGUAAAGCAGCUUCUGUCUUUCUCUCUUUAGUUUCUUUGGAUUAUUAAAGACUAUUAAGUCACAUA